AAGGAACUCUAGAAUGUGUCAAACUUUCAAAACUAUCGGACUCUAACAGAAUACUUUCAUUCUCUUAUCUUUUUAGCAAGCCACAUGUGUUGACGGAACCUGUACAGUAUCGCCAGUGGUGACAGUUGCAGAGGAGCACACACGGACUUUAAAACAGCAAGAACAGUAUGGCAACGGACUUGGCUUUACAGCCUAAUCGGAUUGACCGAAGUGACAGCUUCCUUCAGUUGUUGGAUGCAUUUGCAUUGGCGUUGGGUACUUUGGAGCAGCAAAUGGUUAAUUGUGCUCACGAAACAGAAAGUGAUCCAGACAGAGAUCCAGACUCGUCUAUGCUCAUAGAGAUAGAGGGAGAGAUGAACAGUGUAUGUCUACAGUAUCCUGCAGUCAUUGAUGAUGAUGUGAGCACAAGUGUGAGUGUGUUGGACAAACUAAUAUACACUCACCCCAUCUGGCUUCUGCUUUCCAUCAACCAGCAAGAGGCCACCGACAUUCUACUGCAGCAACCACCAGGGGUGUUUUUGCUGUGGAGGUCAUCUGUCCUACAGAAGAAGGUCUUGUCAUGUCAUACAGAUGAUGCCUCAGACUCAGCGAUGAUUCACAUCCCUUUAAAGGAGAGCCAGUACACAUUUUCUCUGGAGGGAUCAGGAAUCAGUUUUGCUGACCUCUUUCACCUCGUUGCCUUUUAUUGCAUUAGCAGGGACAUUUUGCCAUCUACCCUGAAGCUUCCUGAAGCCAUUCGCUCAGCUGAGACCCUGUCAGAUCUGCAUGAGGUGGCCCAGCUUGGGGCAGCAUUCUGGAUAUCUUCUCUCAACAAAGACCAGGGGGCACUUUCUGUCCCAGACAAGACUCUGUUUCAGGACAGUCCACUAAUUUCUCUGCAUGCCAACUGCUCUGACGUCUUACAGGUAGAGGAUCACACCUGCACUUCAACUGGGCAGAUAAAUACCCCGCUACCUGUCACUGAAACCUGCCUUAACACCUUCAAAGAUGAGGGAAGUUGCUCCAGCAGUGCUUUGUCCUUCAUCAACCCUGUCUUCAGCCAACCACUGGAAUAUCUGUCUGGAAACGCUACAACAGUGAUCGCAAAAGACCAAACAGCAGCCAACGGAAAAUCCUGUCCCCCACCCAGACCUCCUUCACCCCAGCAUUUAGUACGUAACCUAACUGUACCCCCAGAUCCAAAGACUAUGCCUUUGUGCAAAGGCUUCAACAGACUGAGCCAGAGAUCCAAAUCUACUGCGGCUGCCAAGAAAUCUGCUCCUCAUCCUCCACCAAGACCUCCACAGCUACCAGACAUAGACAGCUACCGCUGCACCAUUGCUUUAGAGGAAGAAACCAUCUCAAGGGCCCUUUCUCGAGCCAAACUUCCCCAUACAUCUCCUGUAAAGCAGACCAGCUGCACUUACCUGCAACAAUGGACUGGACCAGACGAGAAAGAAAGAAACUCAAGUGGGACAAGUUUGUCCAAUUCAUCAUCUGACUCUAUGGACUGUCAUCCACGCCCUAUCCCUUUGGGCCAUUCCCAGAGUGUGGGCCAAGGUCUCUACAUGGAUGACAGCAGUGAUGAGGAUAAUGUUGAGGAGGAAGACUACGGUGUGAGACUCGAGAGGGACCUGCAUCUUCGACUUCGGGCUUCUCGCAAGUCACAUAGACUACAGGCGGUUGAGUUAACAGGGGCUCGUCCAGGAUCACUUGAUAUAUUCCCACGGGCACUAAGGGGACACUUCCGUAAGGUGCGAGGUGUUCUCCAUGUUCUUGCGACCCCAGAGAAACGCAUAUUGAUGCAGAUACUUGAGCUGGCCCAAAACAAAGACUCCUACUUUGGGUGUCUGGUGCAGGACUAUGUGAGCUUUGUGCAGGAGAACAAAAACUGCCACUCAUCCAGCCAGGAUCUUCUGCAGACACUACGCCAGUUCAUGACUCAAAUGAAGGCUUACCUCAUACAGAGUUCAGAGAUUAACCCACCUGUAGAGUCUUAUAUACCCGAAGACCAAAUUGAUCCAGUGUUGGAGAAGGCAAUGCAUAAGUGUGUGCUGAAACCUCUGUAUGGUACAGUGCAGUCAGCGCUGUAUGAAUUCCAGGUGGCCAGCGGGACGUGGCAGAGGCUGCAGGAUAAUCUGGCCCAGGCCAAGGCCAAACAGCCCUGUGAGCUGGGCGCGAACAGAGCCAGGCCACCGGAUGGCCACGCCAUCCACAGGAUCCGCCGAAAUCUCCGCGCCAUGUGCAGGAUGUACUCACCUGAGAGGAAGAUCGUGGUGUUGUUGAAAGUGUGCAAACUCAUCUACGAUAUUAUGCAAGAGCAUACAGUGCGGAUGUUCGGAGCGGAUGAUUUCCUGCCCAUGUUGACAUAUGUGUUGGUCCAGUGUGACAUGCCUCAACUGGACACAGAGAUCCUGUAUAUGAUGGAGCUGAUAGAUCCACUACUGCUACAUGGAGAAGGAGGUUAUUACCUAACCAGUGCGUAUGGAGCAUUGUCACUGAUUAAGAACUUCCAGGAAGAGCAGGCGGCUCAAAUGCUCCGUUCUGCAACACGUGACACACUCCGCCAGUGGCACCAACGUUGCACCAUGCAGAGGAACCUGCCCUCUGUGGAUGACUUCCAGAAUUACUUACGAGUGGCUUUGAAGAAGGCAGAUAGCGGCUGUACGGCUAAAACCCUGCAGGUGGGGCCCUACGCCACCACGGAAGAGGUGUGUCACCUUUGUGCCCUCAAAUUCCACGUGUCAGAUCCCGAAAAUUACGGGCUCUUUCUCAUGAUGGGCGACAGCAGUCAGCAAUUGUCUGCAGACACACACCCUCAGUGGAUAAAGGCAGAGUUACAUAGUCGACCGCAACCUCAGCCAUUUUAUUUUGUCUACAGGAAGAUACCCAACAUAAAUGACUGAACUCUUAACAACAGCAUUAGAGCUGCAAAGCAGAUUUAAGAGGGAUUUUGCUUUUCUGCAAAACAAGACUUUGAUUAAAUUAUGGCCCUUCAUUGUACACACAGUUCCACUGCUUUGUCUGGAAAGCAAAAUAUUGUCUGAACGCUCAAUUGUAGGAACUUGUUAAAUGAGGGUGUGACUUAAAUUAAUGUGUAUAAAGAUCAAAGAAUGAAAGAUUUGCUGUUGAGGAGCAUGCUGCCAAAAAAUAAGCCUGUAGCCAAUGCAAUAGUGUCUGUUACCUGACACGAGCCCGAUGGAAACUGUUGGGUUUCAGGCCAAGUUCGCUGCAAAAAAAUUAUUUUCUUAAAGGUGCACUCUUCAUCUCACAUAAGUGGUCAUGAUUUUAUGCAUAUGUUUCAAAAUUACUAUUAAUUUCUUUAGAAGUAAACCUUUUAAUCAGUUUUUUUUUAUUAUUAUUAUUUUUUUUCUGUAAAAACAUCUAAAUGUACUUAAGACAAGAUGUACACUCACCGGCCACUUUAUUAUGUACACCUGUACACCUACAUAUACAUGCGAUUAUCUAAUCAGCCAGUCGUGUGGCAGCAGUGUAAUGCAUAAAAUAAGCAGAUAUGGGUCAGGAGCUUCAUUUAAUGUUCACAUCAACCAUCAGAAUGGGGAAAUAUGUGAUCACAGAGAUUUAGAUUGUGGCAUGAUUGUUGGUGCAUGACGGACUGGUUUGAGUAUUUCUGUUACUGCUGAUCUCCUGGGAUUUUCAAGCACAACAGUCUCUAGACAUUAAAGAGAAUGGUGCGAAAAACAAAAUCAACCAGUGAGCAGUGACUAAACACCUUGUUGAUGAGAGAGGUCAUCGGAGAAUGGCCAGACUGGUUCGAGCUGACAGAAAAGCUACAGUAACUCAAAUAAUCGCUCUGUACAAUUGUAGUGAGCAGAAUAGCAUCUCAGAAUGCACAUGUCGAACCUUUAGGUGGAUGGGCUACAUCGGCAGAAGAACAUGUCGGCUUCCACUUCUAUCAGCCAAAAACAGAAAACUACAGUUGGCCUACCAUUUGUGUACCUCAGCAGAAAUCCAGAUUUGUCAGACCAGGCGAUGUUUUUCCAAUGGUCUUCUCUCCAGUUUUGGUGAGCCUGUGUCCACUGCAGCCUCAGUUUCCUGUUCUAAGCUGACAAGAGUGGUACCCGUGGGGACUUUGCUGAUCCGCCUCAAUGUUUGAUGUAUUGAAAUUAUUUUCUGCAUAGCGCUGUUGUAACGUGUGUUUAUUUGGGUUACUGUAAACUUCCUGUCAGCUUGGACCAGUCUGGCCAUUCUCCACUGUCAUUAACAGGCCAUUUUCACCCACAGAACUGCUGCUCACUGGAUGUUUUUUUGCACCAUUCUCUUGGCACUCUAAGGACUGUUGUGCAUGAAAAUCCCAGGAGAUCAGCAUUACAGAAAUACUCAAACCAGCUCAUA